AUGGAGCGUCAAAACUUCGAUUACCUGCUUUAUGUGGGACUUGAUGACGACGACGAUGACAACUGGGAUGAGGUUGAGGCACUGAGGGUCUUGCAGGCUGGAGAGGGAAGAAAUGAGGGAGCCAGUGGAUGGGGCCGGGCUGGGCGAAGAGCCGCAGCCGCAGCAGCUGCAGCAGCAGAAGCAGACAGAGCAGGAGGAGAAGGCCCCUCAGCUGCUGGUGCCGCAGGCCUCGUGGACGACGGGACCCAAGAGUGCGCCGCUGGUGGCCAUGGCCGGGAGAAUGAGUCACAGCCUCAGGAACCAGAUCGUGGGGCCAUGGAAGACAGCCAGGGUGUGCUGUCCUUGGCCGAGCGAUGGUCCUGUGUUCAUCCCGUGAAGCUGCUGGUGCCUGAAUUCCGAGUCCAUCACCAGCACAGGUUCACCUUGGCUCAGCUCCAAGAGCUGGAGAGCGUCUUCCAGCGCAGUCAGUACCUCACCACUGAGGAGGCGAAACGAUUGGCAUCUUGCAUGGGUGUGACUGAAGCCAGAGUGCAGAGAUGGUUUUGGAAGAGGAGAGAAAAAUACAGAAGAUAUAAGAGACUGUGA